AUGGACGCAAAGAAUGGGAAAAAUGUCCUGGAAAAGAGGGACAAAGAAUUGAAGGAAGUGAAGAGAGAGAAAGAGGAGCUGAUGAAGGAGUUGAAGGACUUCAGGAUCCAGAUGCAAAGGAACGUGCUAGAUGCUAAGGCCGAAGCGAAGCUCGCGAUCAAGGUGAACGACGAGCUCCUAGUUAAGCUGAAGAAGGAGACUCGCGAAGCGCGCGAAGAGGCUGCCAAGGCCGUCGAGGAGAGAAACGAGGAGCUACGAAGGAGAACAAGGGAAAAUGCAAACCGCAAGAGUGUUACCAGAAGAGGCACUACACUUGAUGCAGCAUUGGUCAAACGACAACAAACACACAUCCAAGAUUUGGAAGCCCAGCUCGCAAAGCUCGAGGAAAGCAAAUUGGCGGAGUCGCAAAAGAGGGAAAGUCUACAAGCGAAGGCAGAUGACCUCCAAACGCAGGUCGUCCGUCUACAGGAGGUGCACAGCGCCGAUUAUACCCUUCCGCCCAUUUCACUUCAUCGUAGCACUAUGUCCACACUGCUCAGCCCCGCCCCGCUCGCGGGCGACAGCCCUGCACCUCCAGGAAGACGGAGCAAGACAGGUACACCAUCUAUGCGUGCCGCGGAUGUCACACCUUCUAUGGAAAGAGGGGCCGGUGAUACCACGUCCGAGUCCAGAAGCCGCUUCACCGAUUCUCUGCCUUUCCGACUAGAGGAUGACGAUGACGAUGAGGUCGAAGAUGCUCUUCAGGACAGUCCGUUGUGUGAAUCAGAGGAGCAGGACGAUGAACAAGAUGCCCCGGUUUCUGCACCGAAGCGGAGAAGAAAGAGCAAGGCAGCAAGGGCAAAGUCUUCUAUGCCUACAAAAAGAGGGCGACGGAAAACGACGACGGCACCUAAGCCGCGCUCAACGGUCCGCCGGAAACGCCACACAAUAGAGGUGGAGGAAUACGCAGAGAGCGGAACAGAAACCGGGGACAUUAGUCCUAAAAACGUCGCACAACACGUGGAUGAUGAUAGUACCCAUCCGUCUCAAAAGCGCAUCGUCCGAAAAGGACGCCCAAAGGCCAAGCGCCAGAAGGUGGCACCGGAGCCUACGCCUGAACCACAGACCCAGUCAGCGUCACCGGCGACGGUUGUACAGCGUCGUGCAGGUGGGCGGGCGCUCCGAAGCCGGCGACCAGUAUCCUAUGACUACGACAAGAACGACCGAGACAUCGUCGGCAAGAUGCCAGGAUAUGUCGUUGACCACGGCGCUCUUCGACCAAAGCGUGUUUCAAAUCCACGGCAUAGCAUUGCAAAGUCGCUCGACUUCGACCUGGCGGCUGACACAUCCGGGGCGAUUUUAGCGGCGAACAUUAUCCGGCAAUCAGCGCAAAAGCGACGCGCCAAGCAAGUGCAGAAAAAAUCGGGGCGGCGUGAACGAGGUGGAUGA